AUGUCUAGCGUAGCUGCCCCUCGUCCUUCCUACUCCAGUAGUAGCUCGUCUUCAAACGCUCCAGACACAAGACCCUUCCAGGGCGAUGACCUCGAAAAGGGUACCUCCGGCAGCGGAAGCACGCCCGGAGGAGAUCAAGACGAUGUCCAGUUGAAGUUGGUGAAAACUUUCACCAACGCUGCCUCAGAAACAGAAAUCGCAGUGAAUAGACGGUUGUCCAGAAUUUUGACCAAUACCCAGAACGAACCAGAGCUCAUCGAAGUGGAUUACUCAGAUGUGCCCCCAAUGGGUGGUGACAGACCGUACCCUCCAGCUUUGCCCGACAGAGCGCCAUACGAAGUCACCUUCGAUGGGCCAAACGACCCAAUGCACCCUUUCAACUGGACCUUCAAGAAGAAGCUGUUCCUCUGUAUCCUCUUGGGUUUGAACUGUAUCAGUAUCACCGUGGGGUCCUCCAUCUUUGCUUCUGCAGUGCCACACAUUUCUGCUGAUUAUCACGUGAUCCAGGUUGUGGCCAUUCUCGGUAUUACGUUGUACGUGUUGGGUUUCGCAGCAUCGCCAGUGAUCUACGCUCCGCUAUCCGAGUUGUACGGUAGACAGGGUGUGUUGUUGAUCUCGUCGUUCGGUUUCGCUUUGUUCCAGUUUGCGGUUGCCACGGGUGAGAACUUGCAGACGAUUUUGAUUUGUAGGUUCUUUGGUGGUUUCAUCGGUGCUGCCCCAUUGGCUGUCGUGCCAGCUGCGUUCAGUGACUUGUUCGACAAUACGCAGAGAGGUACCGCAGUCACCUUCUUCUCCCUUGGUGUUUUCGUCGGUCCUAUCUUGGCCCCAGUGUUUGGUUCGUACAUUGUCCAAUACACCACUUGGAGAUGGACCGAGUACGUUACCGGUAUCUUUGCGUCCGUCAUCUUCGUUCUGUUGUGCUUCUUCUUCGAGGAAACCCACCACCCAACCAUCUUGGUCCAGAAGGCCAAGAUGAUGAGAAAGAAGACCGGUAACUGGGGUAUCCACGCCGCUCACGAAGAAGUCGAAUUGUCCAUCAAGGAAAUUUGCCAAAAAACCAUCACCAGACCAAUCUACAUGUUGUUCACCGAGCCAAUCAUCUUCUUGAUCACCUUGUACAACUCCUUCGUGUACGGUAUCCUAUACCUCUUGUUGGAAGCAUACCCAAUCGUCUUCAUCGAGGGAUACCACUUUUACGCCAACGGUGAAUUGCCAUAUAUCGCCUUGAUCAUCGGUAUGAAUUUCGCCGCCAUCGUCAACAUCUACAUGGAAAGAGACUACGUCAAGAGAGUCGUCGCAAACAACGGUAAACCAGUCCCAGAAGCCAGAUUGUUCCCAUUGAUGAUCGGUGGUAUCAUCUUCCCUAUCGGUAUCUUCUGGUUCUGCUGGACCGCUAACUACCACGACAGCGUCCACUGGAUCGUCCCUACCAUCGCCGGUUCCUUCAUCGGUUACGGUUUGAUGGCCAUCUUCUUGCCUUGCUUCAACUACAUCAUCGACUCGUACUUGUUCUUGGCCGCCUCUGCUAUCGCUGGUAACACAUUUAUGAGAUCCUCUUUCGGUGCCGCAUUCCCAUUGUUCGCCGGUUACAUGUUCCGUAACAUGGGUACCAACUGGGCCGGUUUGUUGAUUGGUUUGUUCGCAACUGCCAUGAUUCCUGUCCCAUUCUUGUUCUACAAGUACGGUAGAUUAUUGAGACAAAAGUCCAAGUACGCAUACGACUUGCAAUAA